UCUAUCUCAACGAAAAUAUGUACUUGAUUUGCUCGCUGAAACAGGGAAGUUGGGAUCAAAGCCGAGCAAUACUCUCAUGGUUCCCAAUGUGCAACUCACUCAAGAAGGCAUGUCAUUUGAAGAUCCAGAAAGAUAUAGACGAUUGGUUGGAAAGCUUAAUUAUCUCGCAGUCACUCGUCCAGAUAUUUGAGUGUAAUGCUGAUUGGGCCGGUUCUAAAGAUGAUCGAAGAUCUACAUCUGGCUAUUGUGUCUUUGUUGGUGGCAAUCUUGUAUCCUGGAAGAGUAAGAAACAGAAUGUGGUUUCUCGUUCUAGUGCUGAAUCAGAAUAUCGAGCUAUGGCUCAAUCCGCAUAUGAGAUAAUAUGGAUACACCAUUUAUUGAAUGAAAUUGGAUUGAAGACACCAAUGCCUGCUCAAUUGUGGUGUGAUAACCAAGCUGCUAUACACAUAGCAAACAACCCUG